UGCCCAUUUCGACUCGAUCCGGCCGCUCGCCCCCUCGCCUGCUGCCGCCUGCUUUUGUGUUUUGUCUCCCUCUCCCACCUCCGCGAGAUCUCAUGGCUCCGUCUCCAAUGGCGCCCUCCUCCUCCGCCUGCUAAACCUAGCAGCCCCAGCCCUACCCACCAGCGCCCCCAAACCCCCCUUUGGAGAGCAAGCGCGGCCGGGGCGCGGCCAUGGCGACGGAUCGGGAGAAGGAGCGCGAGGCGGAGCUGGAGAGCGCCAUGUACACCAACUGCCUCCUCCUAGGCCUCGAUCCCGCCGUCCUCGGUUCCCCCUCCUCCCCCGCCGCCCGCGUCGGCCUCUUCCGCCACUCCAACCCGCGCCUCGGCGAGCAGCUCCUCUACUUUCUCCUCUCCUCGCUCCGCGGCCCCGCGCAGUCCGCUAAGGACUUCGACAAGGUCUGGCCAAUCUUCGACUCUGCUCAGUCCAGGGAGUUCAGGAAGAUCGUGCAAGGGAUAAUUAGCGAGCUGGAGCAACAGGGGGCGCUGCCGAGGAGCAAUUCCAGGGUCUCGUCACUUGCUACGUGCUGCGGCCCCAGAUUUGUUGAGCUUUUGUGGCAACUCUCUGUACAUGCCUUGAGAGAAGUUCACAGGAGAACUUUUGCAGCUGAUGUUGCAUCAAAUCCCCUUCCUGCAGCACUAACAGAUGUUUCUUAUCUUCAUGCUGCUGCUUUACUCCCUGUGACCAAGGCAAGGAUAGCUCUAGAGAGGCGUAAAUUUCUGAAAAAUGCAAAUAUAGCUGUCCAGAGGCAAACAACAUGGUCAAAUUUGGCCCAUGAAAUGACAGCUGAGUUCCGAAGUCUAUGUGCUGAAGAGGCUUAUUUGCAGCAAGAGUUAGAGAAACUACAAGAUAUGAGAAACAAAGCAAAACUUGAAGGUGACCUGUGGGAUGAACGACUCUCAAGCUCGUCUGGGCAGAAUUCUCAUUUGGUUUCUAAGGCAACUCGUCUUUGGGAAUCGAUAUUGGCUCGCAAAGGCCAACAUGAGGUUUUAGCUUCUGGACCAAUUGAAGAUCUUAUAGCACAUAGGGAGCACAGAUACCGGAUAUCUGGAUCUCAGUUAUUAGCAGCCAUGGAUAUGAGUGCAAGUGUUCCGCAUUCUGAGUUAUUAUCAGCUCGAGCUGGUGAAACUUCUCCCAUUUUGGACAAGCAAGAACAGAUUUCUCCGCUAUUCCAAGGAAAGGAAGAAGCCCUUUCAAGGCCAGAUGAUAGGAACGGACAUGGUCAACAAACUGUUGAUGUAGCUGAAAUUCUCCGCCGUUGGACUCAUGCUUUACAGCGUAUUCAUAAACAGUCUCUUCAUUUGGCCAAAGCAAAUGACGGAGAGGGGCCAGAAUUACUGAGGAGUGCAUCUGACGGAGAGACCAGUACUCAUGCUGACUCGUUAACUGCAACGUUAGCUGAACAUCGCCAGCAUUUAGUCAGUAUACAGGGUCUAAUUAAUCAACUAAAGGAAGCUAUUCCAGCAAUGCAGCAAUCAAUAGAAGAACUCUCAGAAGAAGUGAACAGUGUCAGUAACCCAAUGGAUCUUUUGAAUUCCAGACUACCGCUUUCUGCCGGCCUUGGAAGAUCAGAACAGGAAAGCAGCAGUGAAGUUUCAGAGAUGACUUCUAAGCUCUCUUCUACACACCUGGACAAACCUGGGGGCAGUCCUGCUCUAAAGCUACCUCCAUUAUUUAGCCUAACUCCAAGUUCUUCUGGAAAAGGAACACAGACACAAAAACGGAAUGCUCUAAUACGCCAACCUAGCCAGGAGGUCACAUCAGAAGAGAAAACACUUACUAUCCCCUCAACUAAAGAUCAAAUGAAUGGUUCAGAGCAUGAAAAUGACGGCUAUAUUGCUCAUGACAUUAGACGGUCUGUUCGUGAAGCUGCUCUGUCAAAGCCAUUGAGGAAUACAGAGAGGCCACAAGAUAAAAAUAGUGACGAUGGUUCAGAGCACUUCUUCAUUCCACUGUCAGCAGGUGCUGCAAGGAAGGAGAUGGAUGCAGCAACAAAUCGACGGAAACAAAGACCAGGUUUAUCGUCGCCUCAGAUGAAGUUCCCAAAGAGCACGAGUGAUCUUUACUACAUUGCAGACAGCCCAAUAAACACAAGUCCAGUUUUGUUAAGUGAAAUGAAUGGACAUGAUCCUAUCAGUGCCAUGAGCUUUCUUGACCCGGUCAGUGGUCUGGCACAUCAGUCAUUUAUCACUGAUGAUGCUCUUGAUCAAGUAUUCUCCCCCCCUCUGUUGAUGGAAUCUACGUUGUUCCAUGAUGCAGAUGAGGACCUGCUUGCACCACUGUCAGAGACGGAUGCAGCAUUAAUGGAACAUUAGGCUUCACAUGUACACUGUAAUAUUAUGGCCAUUGCCUGAAGCUUUCAGCGCCUGACCGCAGCCCGGAGAUGCUUGUGGCUUGUGUUUGUCUUAUUGACAGCAUUUUUGCGGUGAACGCGUUGCUGAUGGAGCUGCUUGCCAGUUGCAACCAGCUUGAGAUAGAUGCUUGUGCAUCAGAAAUUUGGGUUGUUCUGUUGGGGGAGAUGGUGGGUUAUUGAUUUGGGGAGAAAAGAGGGGGUGCUUAGAGAUGAUAUAGAUGUUGGUGUUGUACCAAGUGUAGUGUGCACAGUAGAAAAAGCCCAAUCUUGUGUAUUUAGUUAGUAUACCUCAUCUGUAUUUGUGUUGUAAUAAUUUUAUCCACUUGCUCAAUUAUCUCUUUUUUCUGGUGUUAUGAUGUCAAGUUGCUUCGAAUUGUGUAUUACUCUCAAUUUCAUUGUAAAAUAUGGCAAA